CACAUUUCGGGCCGAGACCCUUCGUCAGGACUAACUGAAGGAAGACUGAACCUCAGGGCAUGAAAUUAUGAUAUUGUAGCCAUUACCUGGACUUGCUUGCACCUAACAGUCUGAGGGAUUUCACGGAACAAAUUCAUGAAGAGCUGCAGACUAUGCCAAGAAACAAAGGUUGAUUCAGAUAUUCAGCCUUGACUUUGAUCCGGAAUGCCGGCAGAGAUGUUAUGUCAAACAUACUUUUCAGCCCGCCGCCAUUUGCAAGCUCGAGGAGUUGAUCUUCUUCCCACGCUGACAUGGAUGACACGUUAAAAAUGACAAGGAAUUUAUAUGGGAAUUCCAAUAAAACACACCAGUUUUGCUGUCUCUAUCUAGAUAUUUAAGAAGUGGAGCAAGGGAUUCAAUCGACCAUCCUUCCUGCUCAGACAUUGGGAAUGGAUUCAGUCAGUCAUUUCAACUGAAGGUACAUCAGCAAGUUCACACUGGGACAAGGCCAUUCAUCUGUUCUGUGUGUGAGAGGGGAUUCAGACUGUCUUCUCACCUGUGGACACAACAAUCAGUUCACACUGGCCAGAAGCUGGUCAUCUGAAUUUGUGGGAAGGGCUUCACUCGGUCAUCUCUGAGCUAAUGGCUCACCAGCGAGUUCACACCGGGGAGAGGCCGUUCACCUGCUCGGACUGUGGGAAGGGAUUCACUUACUCAUCUAAGCUGAAGGUACAUCAGCGAGUUCACACUGGGGAAAGGCCGUUCACCUGCUCAGUCUGUGGGAAGGGAUUCACUCAGUCAUCCACCCUACAGAGUCACCAGCGAGUUCACACUGGGGAGAAGCCGUUCACCUGCUCAGACUGUGGGAAGGGAUUCACUCAGUCAUCCACCCUACAGAGUCACCAGCGAGUUCACACUGGGGAGAGGCCAUUCACCUGCCCAGACUGUGGGAAAGGAUUCACUUUAUUAUCUCACCUACAGAGACACCAGUCAGUUCACACUGGAAAGAGACCAUUCACCUGCUCAGUCUGUGGGAAGACAUUUACUCAGUCAUCCCACCUACAGAGUCACCAGCGAGUUCACACUGGGGAAAAGCCAUUCACCUGCUUAGACUGUGGGAAGGGAUUCACUUGGUCAUCUGAUCUACUGAGACACCAGCGAUUUCACACUGGGGAGAAGCCAUUCACCUGCUCAGACUGUGGGAAAGGAUUCACUUUAUUAUCUCACCUACGGAGACACCAGUCAAUUCACACCGGGGAGAGGCCGUUCACCUGCUCAGUCUGUGGGAAGACAUUUACUCAAUCAUCCCACCUACAGAGUCACCAGCGUGUUCACACUGGGGAGAGGCCAUUCAGCUGCUCAGUCUGUGGGAAGGGAUUCACUCAGUCAUCCGAACUACAGAGUCACCAGCGAGUUCACACUCAAGAGAAACCGUUCACCUGCUCGGACUGUGGAAAGGGAUUCACUCGAUCAUCCACCCUAUUGGCACACCAGUCAGUUCACACUGGGGAGUGGUCAUUCACCUGCUGUGAAUGUGGGAAGGGAUUCACUCGGUCAUCUCAUCUACUGAAACACCAGCGAGUUCACACUGGGUGGAGGCCGAUCACCUGCUCAAACAUUGGGAAGAGAUUCUCUCAGCCAAAUCAACCAAAUGUGCAUCAGUGAGUUCACACUGGGGAGAGGCCGUUCACCUGCUGUGAAUGCGGGGAGGGAUUCACUCAGUAAUCUAACCUUGUGACAUACUACCAGGUUCACACUGGGGGGAAAGUUUCAAUAAGCUUCAUGCUGGAUAUUUGUCCAUCACCGUUGCUGAAUGCAAUUUCGAGAGUGACUGUCAGUGCUGAACUCUGCAAUUAUUACUGCUGCUCACCACGCCCAGUUCUGCACCCUGGUCACUGGGCAUGGGAGGAGUUUCUUCUGCAGACUGAAGAAGUCGAGCUGACUGUAGUUCUGUCUGAGAUGUUCUUCGCCCCUCAAAUCUCUGGGCUGAGGAAGAAUGACAAUGGUAGUUACCCUCCUUAAUCAUGACUCAUUUCCACAUUAAGGGUGAUUUUCUCUGCUUCUAAAGGGUUGUUAGAAAGCACCCCUGUCCUCUAAAGUCUGAAAGCAGAAUGGGAAACCAUCUGUUGGAUGUUCCAAUGUAGCAGGGUCAGAAACCAGAGGCGGGCCUGCACAGGGCAGAGUUUGGGGCUCCGAACGAAGGUCGGGGUAAGAAUGUAUGAUGAAGAGAAGGAAUCAGCAGCGGGGUGUGGCAACAAAUGACAGAGUCGCAGCAUUUGGAAGCUGAUUGACAGAGAAGAUCUUUCGGUUGUCUGACUGAUGACACAAACAAUACCUGCGGUGAGGUGCUCCACUGGUCGAGGAGCGUAUGUGUUGGGAAUGUUUUUAUCUAUUGAGGGAGUUGUUCCUGCUUGUUUAUCCUGUAAUAUUAUUAAUGGCCUCCUAGAUUCCUUCAGUAUUUUGUGUAUGUGUUGCUUCGAUUUCCAGCAUCCACAGAUUUUCUCCUGUUUUUGAUAAAAACAAAAGCAAGGUCAUAUAAUAUAGCAAGAAAAUAGUGGGAAGUUAGAGGAUUGGAAAGCUUUUACAUAACCAACAGGAGACAACUGAAAAAAACGCAGGAGAGACAAGAUGAAAAAUUACGGUAAGUGAAAUGAUAAUAUCAAGUAUCAAAAGUUGUUCAGAUAUAUAAAGAGUAAAAGGGUGCAAGAGUUGAUAUUGUACCACUGGAAGAUGAUGUUGGCGAGUUAGUAAUGGAACAAAGAAAUAGCGGCCAAAUGUAGUAAGUAUUUUGUGUCAUUCUUCACUGUGUAAGACACCAGCAGUAUAAGACCAUAAGACAUAGAAGCAGAAUUAGGCCAUUCAGCCCCAUUGAGUCUGCACUGCCGUUCUGUCAUGUCUGAUCCCGUUUCUCACUCAACCCCAUGCACCUGCCUCCUUGGCAUAUCCUGUAAUGCCCUGACUGAUCAGCAAACUAUUAGCUUCUGCUUUAAAUGUACCCACAGACUGGGCCCCCACUGCCGUCUGUGUUAUAGAAUUCCACAGAUUCACUGCUCUCUGACUAAAUAAAAUCUUCCUUAACUACUCUAAAAGGUCGCUCCUCAGUUUUGAGGCUGUGCCCUCUGUUAUGGCUACCCCACCAUACGAAAAGUCCUCUCCUCAUCCACCCUAUCUAGACCUUUCCACAUUCGGUGAGUUUCAGUGAGAUUUACCCCCCACUACCUGCAUUUAUUAAACGUAGGUCAGUGCAGGAGUACAGGCCCAAGGCUGGCAAACACUCCUCAUAUCUUAACCCCUUCAUUCCCGGAAUCAUCUUCUUGAGCAUCCUCUGGAUUCUCUCCAAUGACAACAUACCUUUUCUGAGAUAUGGGCCACAAAUACUCAAAGUGAGGCCUAAGUAGUGUCUUAAAAAGUAUCAGCAUUAUCUCCUUGCUUAUAUAUUCUACUUCACUUUAAAUAAAUGCCAGCCUUGCAUUUGCCUUCUUUACCACAGACUCAACCUGUAAAUUAACCUUCUGGGAGUCUUCCCCAAGGACUCAUAUUUCCUUCUGUACUUCUGUUGUUUGAACCUUCUCCUCAAUCAGAUAAUAGUUCAUAUCGUUACUUUUGCCAAAAUGCAUUAUCGUACAUUUCCCAAUAUUGUAUUCCAUCUGCCACUUUUUUGCCCAUUCUUCAAAUUUGUCUGUGUCCUGUUGCAAUCACAUUGCUUCCUCAGCACUACCAACGCCUCCAGCUAUCUUUGUAUCAUCCACAAACCUUGCCACAAAGCCAUCAGUUCCAUUUUCCAAAUCAUUGACAAACAAUGUGAAGAGUAGCGGACGGAACACUGACUCCUGAAGACCAUGAGUCACUGCUGGUGUUACGUAACCAGCAACAGUGAAUAUCAGUCAAGACAGGUUAUAUAAAAACAACCAAACAUUUACUAAACACGGAUAAACAAUAAAAAAAAAUGAAAACCUUAACCGGGAGUUAACCGCUAUGCAGCGGUUCAACAAAUUGUCACUCGGCACUGGUUCUGAAAGCGUUAAAUGCUUAAACAGUUCUUAAAGUGGUGAAGUCAGAUAUGGUUCUUAAAAUGGUAAAUUCGAAAGUCCAACAGAUUUAUACAUUCAAUUGGGAGAGACUUCUCUGGAGAAGGAUUUCUUCAUAGACUCGACUUUCCUGCUGGUUCUGCCCACAGGAUUCACAAUGCAGGAAAUAAACAGUUUAAAACAAAUGACCUUAAAUUCUUCUGGAGAGCAAAUCCCGCAUGAACUCCUUCCUCUUUUGGCAAGAGUUAUCUCGAUGCAGGUCACUACUCCUUCAACGAAGACUCAAUAAGGUCGAUCCUUUGUUAAAUUGCCGAACGAUGCCAACUCCUCUCAAUCCUUCGGGUCCUGUACUUCGAUGAAGUCUUCACUCUCCCGUACCACUGCUGGAAUAAGGUACAUCAACACAUCCAGCAAAAAUUUCCAGUCCAGCACUAUUGUGCCUUGCAACAGAAUGAAACUGCGUCAAAAACAAAUACGCAUCAGAAAGGGAGAGACAGACAUUCUAGCUGGAAAUCUAAGAACUAAAAACUAACUGCGUCAUCUGGGGUCUUCCCUUAUAUACCCGUGGUGCACAUGUCAUCACGUGACCUCAUCGGCGGGCAAACUACAUCAGGUGACCUCCAAAAGACCAUUACAUCAUUCUCACACACAAAAAAAAUCACAGAUCUCCUUGAAGCAUGUAACACUAGCCAUCCAGAAAAGGCUCCUUUUAUUUCCACUUCCUGCUUCUUGGCUGUCAGCCAUUCCUCUAUCCAUGCCAGUAUUUCUUCUGAUUUUGAUCCUGUUGAACAGUGUCAUGUGUGACGCCUUAUCAGAUGCCUUCCGAAAAUCUAAUUAAAUUACAUCCACUGCCUCUCGUUUGUCCAUCCUGGUUAUUACUUCCUCGAAGAACUUUAACAGAUUUGUCAGGCAAGUUUUCCCUGUACAGAAGCUAUGCUGGCUUUGAUUUAUUUUAUCAUUAGUCUUCUAGUACCCCCAAA